UGAUCAGGUUCGGUGACGGUGCCGUUUGUUUCAUCUCGCAACGAUUACCUGUUCAACAUUCCGAAAGCUCACGGCCACUUGAGUCAGCAGAAUUGGGAAGCGCAGCCAUCGACAGCUCCCACAGCAUAAAAUCAACAGAAAUCCGCGGACGGCGGCCCAACUUUGCGCUUGUCGCCGGAACCGCUUCAAGGAAAUCUGCUCCGGUGACUGGUGACCGCGGGGAGCGUCGAGGAAAGAAUCAGACUCGCAGACCAACGAGCUUCGUGGUUUCGGUGCUUCCGAGGAAUUGAAAUGGCGACGUCCAAACUCAUGGGUAGCCGAGUUGACCAAUUGGACGCGCACGAGCUCGACGAACAGCUCUUCGACCUCUUGAAAAGUCGUUUCUCGGAUGCUUUCAAAUACUUCGAUCGAACAAACUUCCUGACGUUCUGGUCAUUCGAGCUGGACGCCCUGAUAAAAGCAGCCCUGCUCAGUGUUCUUCUGCUCCAGGACCGUCCGGCAACAGUUGGUCAAACUCUUCUGGAUCUAUCGCUGGUAGGACGUAACAGAGAACCUCUGAAGAGAUGGAAAAUCGUCUCCGUUUUCCUGCUCCUAACCGGAACUCAGUGGUUCCGCGAGCGUUGUUUAGCGAAAACAUUGAAUCUACUGCUGCGAGAUCGGCAACGGGCUGAAAGAUAUUCUACCGUGACCGAGGGUGUUCUGAAAUUGGCAGGGGUUGUGAACUUCUUCGUUUUCCUCACUCAGAACCGCUACCCGAGCAUCCUGCAUCGAUUGUUCGGCAUCAAAAUGAACUACUCUCAACCACCCAAUCUGCGUGAAGUGCAAUACGAUUCACUGUCGCGAGAAUUACUGUGGACGACCGUAUCAGAAUUUCUCGCAUUCCUCCUCCCUGUGAUAAAUUCAAGCAAGAGCCGGUCGAUGUUCAGGAGCGCCCUCCGCAAAGUCUACGGCAAAGUCGACUCCACGAUGGGCACAUCGCCACACGAGCGAUCGCUGGUCGACUUCAAGACGUGCGGGAUCUGCUCGAAGCCCCCGACGCAACCCCACGAAAUUGGCUGCAGACACGUUUACUGUUACUUCUGCAUUGCGAGCAAUGUCCUUUCCGACGACGAUUUCGAGUGUCCGCAGUGUGGGAGGCUCGCCGGGACGAUAAAGAACGUGAGACCGGCAACCGGUCUUCAGGCCGAGUCGGAAAUGAGUGCCUGAUGUAUCUAAUGUAAGGGAGUCUCGAGCCUUGAAUAUGUAUACUAAAUGAUAU